GCGCCCAUCCGCGCCCCCCCGGCGCUCCCCUCCCUCCGUCGGCGGGGCCGGGGCUCGGGGCCCCCCCGCGGCGGCCGCUCCUCCCGUCCGGCUCGGCCUGGGCACGGAUAAGUGCUACUUCUGUAUGAUUUCAGCCAAAGGAAGACCUCUUCCUUCUUCCUUAUCUUCUAUGGAGAACUCAGACCGGACUUUUCCACUGACGCCUCCUGUUCCUUUCAUGGUUUUUGCUACCACCCGGUGUUGUCCUUGAUUCUGGGGAAUGGUUGACAGGCUGACAGAGAGGGCUGUAAAGUCCUCUAACUAUUGGAAAAGCAAUGCCCGAAAGUACUUCGAUACUGAAUCAGUCACAUUUUGACGUGGACCGAGUCAUUACUCGAAGACAAAUGCUAAGGCUGUAGACUUAUUUGUAUCCGCUGAAGUUGACGGACUGAGCUUUGGAAGAUUUCCAUGACAGGAAAAUAGAAAGAAAAGAAAAAAAGCAUUUCUUGGCACAACUGCUGGCUCGCCUAACACUUGCUGCCUUUGAACCUUGCAACGGCACCAUAAGCUGGAUUCCAAACCGACUCUGAGUCCGAGAAACCGAAAACCAAAAGGUGCUUGGAAGGCUCAGGCCUUUACCGCUCCAAAUCCGAGGCCACCGCUCAGUAAAACUUAACAAAACCCAAUGGUGCGUAUCAAGCACCUGGGGAGUGAAGACAAAGGAGGAGCGGGUUUGUGGGCGGGAGAUGGAAAGUUGGACUGAAAAUGCGACUGGGCUUCCAAGAAAUCCAUCUCAUGGUUUAGGAGCUUCCUAAAUCUGCUCAAGACAAGGGGGUCCAUUUUCCUCUCCGGGGCCUGGCCGCCUUAUACGCUUGGCAUCAUGGAGGUGGCAAUGGUGAGUGCGGAGAGCUCGGGAUGCAAUAGUCACCUGCCUUACGGAUACGCCGCCCAAGCCAGGGCCCGAGAGAGGGAGCGGCUGGCCCAUUCCCGGGCGGCUGCCGCGGCAGCCGUGGCAGCGGCCACGGCCGCGGUCGAAGGCGGCUCAGGCGGCGGCUCGGGCGGCGGCAGCGGUGCCCAUCACCACCAUCAGUCCCGUGGAACGACCUCAUGCUCCUCUCAAGGCAGCCACCGUGACUCUCACGGCAGCAGGAGGCGGCGCAAGCCCCGGACGGAGAAGAAGAAGCUGCAUCACCGGCAGAGUAGCUUCCCUCACUGCUCGGACCUGAUGCCCAGUGGUUCCGAAGAGAAGAUCCUGAAGGAUAUGAGUGAGGAGGAUGAAGAGGAGGAGGAGGAGGAGGAGGAGGAGGACGACGAGGAGGAGGAAGAGGAGGAGGGGAGGUUUUACUACAGUGAAGAUGACCAUGGAGAGGAGUGCUCUUACACAGAUCUGCUGCCUCAGGACGAAGUGGGCGGAGGGGGCUACACCUCGGUGCGCUACAGUGACUGCUGCGAACGGGUGGUGAUCAACGUUUCGGGUCUGCGCUUUGAGACCCAGAUGAAAACCCUGGCCCAGUUCCCCGAGACCCUGCUGGGCGACCCCGAGAAACGGACUCAGUACUUCGACCCCUUGCGUAACGAAUAUUUCUUCGACCGGAACCGGCCCAGCUUCGAUGCCAUCUUGUACUACUACCAGUCCGGGGGCCGGCUGAAGCGGCCCGUCAACGUCCCCUUCGACAUCUUUACCGAGGAGGUGAAGUUCUACCAGCUGGGGGAGGAAGCCCUGCUUAAGUUCCGAGAAGACGAGGGCUUCGUGAGGGAGGAAGAGGACAAGGUUCUGCCGGAGAACGAGUUCAAGAAGCAAAUCUGGCUCCUGUUCGAGUACCCGGAGAGCUCCAGCCCCGCCCGGGGCAUCGCCAUCGUCUCGGUCCUGGUCAUCUUGAUCUCCAUCGUCAUCUUCUGCCUGGAGACUCUGCCCGAGUUCAGGGAUGACAAGGAGCUCCUCCUAGCCCUGAGCGCCGGCGGGCAGGGGAUACUCCUGAAUGACACCUUGGCACCCCACCUGGAGACCUCGGGGCACACGAUCUUCAACGACCCGUUCUUCAUCGUGGAGACGGUUUGCAUCAUCUGGUUCUCCUUUGAGUUCGUGGUGCGCUGCUUUGCCUGCCCCAGCCAAGCUGUCUUCUUCAAGAACAUCAUGAAUAUCAUUGACAUUGUUUCCAUCUUGCCUUACUUCAUCACCCUGGGCACUGACCUGGCCCAGCAGCAGGGAGGUGGCAACGGCCAGCAGCAGGCUAUGUCCUUCGCCAUCCUGAGGAUCAUCCGCCUGGUCAGGGUUUUCCGCAUUUUCAAGCUCUCGAGGCAUUCCAAAGGCCUGCAGAUCCUGGGUCACACGCUGCGGGCCAGCAUGCGGGAGCUGGGCCUGCUCAUUUUCUUCCUCUUCAUCGGGGUGAUCCUCUUUUCCAGUGCCGUGUACUUUGCGGAAGCGGAUGAACCCACCACCCAUUUCCAAAGCAUCCCAGAUGCCUUUUGGUGGGCCGUGGUGACCAUGACGACAGUGGGCUACGGGGACAUGAAGCCCAUCACUGUGGGGGGUAAAAUAGUGGGGUCCCUGUGUGCCAUUGCGGGCGUAUUAACCAUUGCUUUACCGGUGCCAGUGAUCGUCUCCAACUUUAACUAUUUUUACCACAGAGAGACGGAGAACGAAGAGCAGACGCAGCUGACCCAGAACGCAGUCAGCUGCCCGUAUCUCCCUUCAAAUUUGCUGAAGAAAUUCAGGAGCUCGACCUCUUCUUCCCUUGGGGAGAAGUCAGAGUAUCUGGAGAUGGAAGAAGGAAUUAAGGAAUCUCUCUGUGCAAAGGAGGAGAAGUGUCAGGGCAAAGGCCGUGGCAGCGAAACGGAUAAAAAAAACUGUGCAAAUUCAAAAGCUGUGGAGACUGAUGUGUGAUUCCUUCCCCCUGAACAGUUCCAAAUAUAUUUAUGCAUAGAGAGUGCAGUGAUAAAAAUGAAAUAUGCAAAUGAGUUUUUCGCAUACAGUAGUACGCCAUUUAAUGGUCAAACAUGAUGUGAUUGUUACUACACUUGUAUUACAUAUCAAGUAAAGGUACACCUUGCGAAGGGGUGGGGGGAGGUUAAACUGAAGAAAAUCAAUCUUUAUAUUUUUACUAGAAUGCAAGAGUUUUGCACAUCAGGUGGAAGAGAUGCGGAAAACCAAGGGAGGUUAACAAGGAGAGAGAGAGGGGGAGUGUGUGUGUGUGUGUGUGUGUGUGUGUGUGUGUGUGUGUGUGUAAACUGUCAACAUUGCUAGUAAUCGCUCAGUGGUACAAAGUUGGCACUCAGAAGUAUUUACUAUGUAAGAACUAAUGAAGUUCAGCAGUCAUUUAUCAGUGCUUUAAUAGAACCUCAUAAAUCACUGGAUUCCCUAGCCGUUGCUUUUUCGAAAAUGAUAAAAUUUGAUGUGUAGAAAAAGAGUAAAUUAUUCAACAGGUUAGAGGUCAAAACUUUAUCCUGGGUUAAUCAGUUUGUUUUUAACUGGAAAUCAACUUUGAAAAGCCUGGUAGGUCUUCAGGAAUCAAUUAUUUCUAUUAUUGAUUGUGGAGGCAUGGCAGCAGCUGUUGGGGAAAUAACGUGGAAGGAGCAGAACAAGAGAAAAUGUAAUGAGUUUUGACCGUAGAGAUAAAGGGACUGGAAUGCUUUUUUUUGCACUAUUUUAUAUGCUGGAGAUAUUCUGAAAGAGACUUCAUACUGUGAAUGUUUACUGAUGUAACAGUUCAAUGACAAUCAUUGGAAGAAUGAUUUCUGGGUCUUCUUUUAUUUUUCUCCAUUGUUUGUGUGAGAUUGAUGGCCAAGCA